UGCGCUCGAUCGAUUUCAGGAAAUUCUCACAUCUCCAAUCCUCACUCUGUAACUCUCGAAUCUCGAUUUGAUUGCAAGAGGCACCUCUCGAUUUGUCGUGUUCAAGUUCAACAAUUCGAUUUGAAGAACCCUAACCUCCUAAAUGUUUCCACCCUCGAUUUGAUUCAUUCAUCACGCGAUUAGCAGAUUACCAGAGUUUAAUUACUGGUUCAGUUUUGAUUUGGUGAUCGUCAAUUAGCUUAGCCUCACUCGCUCUCUCUUUCGUCCUCCAACUCCCGCCUCGCUCAUGAACCGAUUCACGAAUCCAAAUUUCAAAUCACCACUCUGAACUCACGAUUCACGAAUCGAGAUCUCAAAUUAACACUGUCGGCUCUCGAGUCUCGCCUCUCGCUCUCGAGUCUCGACUAUCGACCGGGGACCGCUCAAAAUCUGAAUACUUGUGACUUGUGAGGGGCUUUUUAUUGGCUUUUCUGCUCUUGGCAUUAAAAAUCUCAGGACCGGUCUUGAACAAGAGUCACCGUCAAUGACAAAAGCUAGUGGUGGUACUGAUAUUAUGAAUGAAUUUCUGAAUUUGGGGAUCUCAAAGGUUCCAGAAGAAGAUGAAAGUAGCUUGCAGAUCACUUGCUUCUCUUACGUCUUCAACGACAUUUCCCUUAAUUUUCAGAUUGUUCGUCUUCCAAAACAGAUAUAUGCAUGGAUCGGUUGCAACUCUGCCAAAUUUGGACAUUUAUAUGCUGCUGCAACCACAAGACCAAACAACGUAGUUAGUGUAAGCUCGCUUCUUGGUGGUACCUCUGAUAAUACAGGGUCUGGUAUUGCCCGUAGAAUAGUUAUGAAGACUGGACUUCCUGUGACAUUGGCAUGCAACAUUCCGAAAGACAGUCCCAUGCUUGAGGCAGAAGCGGAAAAGAAGCUGAUUCAGAAGCUAAAUUCUCUGGGUUACACGAAGUCCAAACAUCAAGGAUCAUCUUGAUUGCAGAUCGAUUCUUUUUCUUCUUGCCCUUUCUUGCUCUUAUGACGGCAAGGGUCUUGAUGGAAACAACCGCUCCACCCUCCUAAAUCCAGCACAAUAUAUUGGGUGAAGGGAUUUUUAUUAUAAUACUUGUUUGAAUUGUAUAACAUACAAACGUAAUAUGAUGGUGGAAAUAUUUCAAAUGGUUAAUUGAGAAUGAAUGAGGGAUGGAGCAUUCUGGCAAUGGUUACCU